AUGGCCAACACUAUUUUAUAUCCCAGUGUCGACACAGACGCCCAUGACCAGGGCUCCUAUUACAGCACCAAAAGCCCAGGCAUAGAAGCCCAGUUGAAACCCAAGGUGAAAAGGCGCGCCUCAAACCACCAAAGAGCCAUGACCACAGAGUGGAAAUCACAAGCACAGGGAACGAAAUACCCGGCGGGCAAAGAGACGCAGAAAACAGCAGCCGGCAGUGCUUAA